UAAUAUAAGAACCUGAAUGGGUCAGACUACACAGCAUGGUACAGAAUGGCAUGGCUUGCCACUACGGGUCUUCAUUGCAAUGCAAUGCACUGAGACAGCAUUCGUGUUGAUAUUUCUCAUUUAAGCAAAUAAAAAAAAAAAAAAUCGAUAUUUCUGUAUAUUAUCCUGAAUCGGUUGCAGCAUAGGCGCUGAGGAUUGCAGGCCAGGAUUGCAAUGAAAGAGUGAGGCAAUUUUUCAUGGUACAACCUGCUACAUCACAUACAUCCUGCAGCCGCAUCAGAAGAACACACAGUGAUGUCUGAUGCAGGACGUGAAGCGUAUAAGAAAGAGUUCUGAGCAGGUGAAUGAUAGGAGCGAUGAAAGGGGAAAACUGCAGAACUGAUCCUACUCGGCGAGGAGUCGGGCAAAGAAUCCUCUUUACAGGACCUGAUGGAAUUGGGAAUUACAGAGUCAGACUGUGUGAUUUCCCCCAUAGCAUCGGCAUCGGCGCCUUGUCCUCGGAGGCCACAGGGGAUUUAAAUUACCUCUUCCGUCAUGCACCAUGUGCAUUACCAUGGCUGCCCAAGCACUGCUACGUUGGAGGAGUGGGUUGGGGCAUUGAGCAUGGACUCAGACUCAAUGCCAGAUCUUUACACAGCAACACACAGAUCAAGCGUUCUGAGUUUCGUUCAGUCAUGGAGGACAAGAUAUCUCAGAUAUUUCAGACCCCAUGGCAAGCGACGCCAUGCUUUUUAGACAGGAAGGAGCCGAGUACCCGAGGGGACCAGAGUGCCUAUGAGAACGACAGCCUGGACACCGACAAUCAGAUCCGAGUGAGAAAGAGACUCUCAUCUGAGAAGACAUCGGCAAACAUAACACACCAGAGUGACUUUACUUUGCCAGCCAUAGCACGAGGCAGAACGUAAUGAAAAUAUCCACAACCACAAGGAUCUGCACUUGUUACCUGGAGUGGUUUAGAACAUGCUGUGUAGGAAACAGUGACGUGUAGAUACAGUUCAUUACUCUGGAUUAAAAAAGACCUUUCCUAUUCUGUAUCCAACAUGAUCUUCUGUGUGGAAAUUUCUAACCAUUUGUCAAACUCAAACUGCAUAAA